GGUCUGGAAUUGAUUUGGUGAAAGCUCCAGUUGAGAAAAGAAUAGUUAAAAAGCUGAAUAUUAUAGUUCAUUCUGGUAUUUGAGCUUGUUUUACUAAGCAUCUACAAAAGUAGUUUGUCCAAGCAUACAAGCAAAGGAAUUGUUUAGUAAGCAAUCAUGUUUGUCAUCAUCACUUUCACUUGCGAUGUUUCUUUAUCUUUCUUCAUCACCUAAUUCAGCUUCUUCACUGUUCGACAAGUCUGCAUAGUAAAUUGGUAUUUGUUGGGGCCUAAGUGAUAACUUUCUGGGGAUUAUACAUUGUUAGUGGGUAUUCUGUACAAUGUCUUGCUGGUAAUGUUCUUUCUAUAUGUGAAAGAAUCUAAGAAGCUGUGGAAAGUUUAUAAAUCAUGAGUAACGGUGUUCAAUCAUGCAGUGGAGGGUUGCAGCUUAGCAAUGAUGUGAAGGAGAAUGAUAAUGGGGAUGUUGACCUUGUUGAGGAUUUUGAUUCUUAUUGGCAAGAUAUCAAUUACCUGUUGACCGUGUCGAGGGUGGUAAGUGACAAUGUCAUCAAGGGUAUGGUACAAGAGGCAGCAGAGAAAAUUGCUGAUAAAGAACUAGAGGUGAAAAAAUUGAAAGAAAUGUUACAUGUUUACCAUGUGGGUGUUGAAAAUGAAUUCUUGGAGUCUUUAGCAAUGCGCCAGGAGUCAAACAGACUUGUUAAACAAGGUACCAAAGACAAGAUACAUCCUAGCUCUCUUGAAGCUAUUUUAGAGCAUGAUAGAGUAGAACAAUCUUUGAGCAGCUUAAGAGGAGCAACUAAAGAGCAGUUUAAGAAGCUCGAGGCAGAAAUUGAUAGCAUAAGAGGCGGCUCAGUUAAGAUAAUUUCUGAGUGGUUGGGUUUGAGAGACAUACUGCAAGAUAAAGUUUCUGACAGAUGGAUUGGUGUAGAUAGGACGCUUAAUUGUCUAAAGAGUGCAAUAGAAAGUGGCUUUCAACAGGUGGAACAAAUGGUUCGCUUGUCAAAGGCUGAUGUACGUGAGUGGCAACAGGAACAGGAGUUUAAAGCAGAAAUUGAAGCAUUUGUGAUGAGCAAUUGCAUUUGGAGAUUCGAAGAAAAAAUUUGGGACCGGUUUUAUAGUGAUAAAAAUGUGAAUGGGCAUGGAAGGAUGAAAGAGAGGAUAUCAGGUUUACGUCAGGAAUUGGACGCCGUUUCUAAAUCAGAAUCUGUUUCUGACUUUGGGCAGCUAUCUUCUCAUGGAUCCUUGGAAGGUGAUGAAGAAAGUAAUAAUUUUAAGAAGGGAGACCAUCCCCACCGGAAGGUUUUGAACGAUCUUAAAUCAUCAUCUCCAUCUCCAGCAACAUCAUCACCAACAUCACCAUCAUCACCAUCAUCAUCAUCAUCACCAUCAUCAUCAUCAUCAUCUAGUUGGGAAGAAAAUGGCACGCAUGAUAAGUCAGAAAUAAAUAUUUCAGGAGAUGAGUUGAUAAAUUAUUAUAAUACUGAGAUGACUGAGUUGAAGAGAAAUCAUGAGUCUAAAGUGCAAGAUAUGACUGAACAACUGUUCAGUCUCAAGAGGGAAUUGUUGAAAGAACGGGGAUGUUCUUUGCCAUCAAAGAAGAAAAAGGAGUUUGACAUGCUGAGGAGGAGAAUAUCUGAGGUUAUUUCUAAAUUGGAUGACAUUCUUGUCGAAAAUGAGCAAAAAGCUACAUUUGGCAUCGAUGAAGAAAGUCUUAGCAGUUUGAAAGACAGACUGGAGUCACUCCACCCCCAGCUCAGAGAUUUGCUCACAGAUAAGAAGAUGGAAAUUAAGUGCCUUUCACUACAAGUUUCUGAAGCUGCAGAGAAAAUGUCAGAGCACAAUGGUGAAUCUUCUAGCCACUGUGAAAUUGAACAUUUGAAUAUGGAGUCCUUCAUCAUGCAAGAAUUAGAUGUAGUUAUAUUCAGAGAAGCCUUGAAGGAUGCUGAGCAGAAACUCAAUAACCUGAACAUGAUAUACACCAAAGAAAAAGGACUUCGGGUUUCGCUUGAGAUGGAAAAUCUAGAAAAAGGAAAACAACUAGAAGUUGAGGUUGCAAACAGAGAAAAGUUGAACCAACAAAUACUCUUUCUGGUAAAAGUAAAGGAGCGAUUGGAACAAGAUGCAGUAGCUGCCUCGGAAAAGGAAAAGGAGCGAUAUGAAUUAGCUGCUCAAGAGCUUGAAAAUUUAAGGAGUGAAUCAAAUGCUGCACAUUGUAAUUUGGUUGAAAGACAUAAGGCAGAUAUUUGCAAGUUACAUCAGAUGCUUCUUGAUGUCAACCAAGAGAAGCAGAGUGCUGUGUCUUUGUUUGAAGCAAAAGAAAGGGAGUUCAAGCAGCAAUUGAAAUCAAUAGCUGUCUAUAGCUGUGGAUUAUUCAGAGCGAUUACUGAUUUUGAAUGUAGAGUAACACAAGAUAUUUCAGGAAAAUCUUCAAGGUUGAAGAGUUUGAGUUCUCAAUCGCAUUCACUUAAACAAAAAGCUAAUGUACUUGUACAAAGAAAGUUUCUAUACAAGCAGGGAUUUGAAAGGAAAUGUUCUGAACUUGAAAAAGCUGAAGCCGAGGUUGAUCUUUUGGGAGAGGAGGUGGACACUCUAUCGAGCCUUGUUGAAAAAAUAUACAUGGUCCUUGAUCAUUAUUCACCAAUAUUGCAACAUUAUGCUGGAAUAGCUGAGAUCUUGAAGCUCAUGAGAGGAAAAUUACGUGGAGAAACUAAAGCAGUUUGAUCUACCUUUUGACUCGAUAAGGUUUCAAUUAUUGGCUAAUCCUCGAGGUGACAAGAAUCGAAUGCAGGGUAACCAAGGUUAAAGAAUGAUGCUUCAUUUACAGUUGUGCUGUGUUUAGUUUUCAUUUUGUUGUAUGUGAAUAAAUUUAUAGUUGUAAUAAGAACUGAGGGAGCCAUUUAAGUAAUAUGUUGAAUUUUAAUUUAUUAUGUAAAUAUGUAGUGUAAUAUUUGAUUCAGAA